AUGUCGUUCGAUUACAUAAUCAAGCCUAUUAAUGAUAGAGAGGUCAUUCAAAAAAACUUUGUUCGCCUUGGUGAAAGAGCAAAUAAUUACAGUGGACGUCAUCCUUCGUUGAACGAAAGAUUCUCUAUACUUGAGAGAGGAUAUUAUCUAGCCCCCAAAUUGAAGGAGGAGCAGUACCGAAACGACGUCGUUACAGUACAAGUACAACCCAAGGAAUCUACUUCAGCUUUUGUUCAAAAACUCAAAGAUAAAGCUAAUGCUAAAGUUCCAGGAAGCCCAAGCCCAUGUUUUAGUCCCCCAAAGUCUGCAGAAUCCGUUUCACCUUGA